AUAAUAAUAUUAUUAAAUAAAUAAAACAUUAUUAUCACAGGAGCAUUAAAACAUUUACAUUAAACUUUAUUCAAAUACAAUAGUAGUACUAUUAUCAUAUGUAUGAUAUUUAUGGGAUUCUGGAAUCCUCAAUUAUUGUUAUGUUUGGAUUCAGACGUUAGAUUCGAAGUUAAGCUGCAGCCUGCAGCAGCCACAAUACAAAAAUACAUUCGUAGUGUUCCUGGGGCUUUCUUUCUCAUCAAAACAAUCAUACAAACUGAGUCGACGACAUUUCUCUCUAACUCUCAAUGGACUUUUGAAGAACAAGAUCUGUAGUCUGUUCUGUUGCACUACGUAAUAAUUAUUAUCCAGGUCUUGGACAUGCUUCUUCGUACCCAUUAGUUGAUGAAUUGGAUUUGACAUGGUUUCUUUGGCUUUCAAUUCGGUGGUUUACAUUGUGGGUUGAUCACUCCCUGCCAUUCAACUUAGUUGUCUAAAUAUGCAAAUAUCAUGGGAAUACCAAGUUACUCUAUUAAAAGAAACUGUAGCAGAUUCUUAUCAUUGAGAUGUGACUUCUUGUUUCAUCUUUGGAGGCAAAAAGAAAAAAUAGAGAUGUAGACUUGUGUGACUUCUUGUUUCUGCUUUGACCAUAUGACGUUUCUUUGUAAUGCACCUAUAUAUCUUGUUUAUUCAACCCAAUGAAGCCUUCAAUUGUAAGCCUUGUAUCUCAAAUUCAUUUUUAAAUUUUAAGCUUUUUAUAGAGUUGUGCCAUACUGCAUUUAUCGAUUUUGUAGGUGGAUGAGGGUUCGGCUGCCAUCUAAGACCAUGAAUCACAAUAGUAUCAUAUUGUCCGAACAAAGUGAGGCCACCAGAGGAGUCAAACAGCCAUAUUAUGCUACCCUCUCCCCAGUACAUAAUUUUUUUACCAUUGAAUCAGAAGGCAAUAGUUUAUCAGCUAGUGAAUGUUCAUCUUCACAUUCAUUGCCUUUCAUUCAUACUGAAUCUUUUAGUUCUCCUACUCAUACCCGAGCAUCUACGGUCCAUCCUCAAAAGCAUUGUUUGAAAUCUUUAUCAAAUAGUCCCCUGUCUCCUGGUUCUUAUGUCCAAAAUUCUAAGAGCACAUUUUCACGUGCAUCCGUGUUCUGUACCAGCUUAUACCAGUCUUCUUCAUCAAGCUCUGAAACCCAUCGGCAACUUGGAAAUCUCCCAUUUCUUCCACAUCCUCCAUCCUAUAACCAGUCCAUUUCUGCUGUUGAUUCAAAAGCUCCAUUGCUUUUCAGUGGGGAUAUAGACAAUCAAUAUGAUGAGGAGCAUUCAGAUGCUCUUAUGAAAGACUUUCUUAAUUUUCCUGGAGAUGCUUCUGAUGAACUUCAUGGUGUAAGUUGUGCAAGCGACAGUCUAGCGCUAACAGAGCAAUUGGAGCUACAGUUUUUGUCUGAUGAACUUGACAUGGCUAUCACUGACCAUGGAGAAAAUCCCAGGCUUGAUGAAAUUUAUGAAACACCACAAGCUCCAUCAAAACCAGCCAUAGAAUUGUCAUGCAAUCAAAGUUAUCACUCUGUGGUGGAAGCUCUUGAUGAUCUUUCAAGUCAGCCAUCUCCUGGGUCAGCCGCUCUGCAGAAGCCAAGAAUGAGAUGGACACCUGAGCUCCAUGAGCGUUUUGUGGAGGCUGUCAGCAAGCUUGAUGGGGCUGAAAAGGCUACUCCAAAGGGUGUAUUGAAGCUUAUGAAUGUUGAAGGUUUGACCAUCUAUCAUGUGAAAAGCCACUUACAGAAAUACCGACUUGCCAAGUAUAUGCCAGAGAAAAAGGAAGAGAAGAAGGCUUCCAGCUCUGAAGAAAAGAAAGCAGCUUCAACUAGCAAUGAAAGUGAUGGACGUAGAAAAGGGAGCAUGCACAUAACUGAGGCUCUGCGCAUGCAAAUUGAAGUUCAGAAACAACUGCAUGAACAGCUUGAGGUCCAAAGGGCCCUUCAGUUACGCAUAGAGGAACAUGCAAGGUACUUGCAGAAGAUCUUGGAGGAACAACAGGAAGCUGGCAUUGCCUUAAUUUCUCCUCCAACCUCGUCAUCGCUGGCUAAUCCACACCAAGAUUCUGAAAUGCAGCCUUCUUCUCCAUCAGCUGGUGCAUCCACUCCAGACCCAGCUGAAUCUAAAUCUGAUUCAUCUUCACCUCUGUCAUCCAAGCAUAAAGUUACUGAUAGUAGUGAUUCUAUGCCACAGGUAUGCUCAAAAAGACUCCGUCUGGAAGAGAAACAAGAAUCCUGUUCAGAUGAGACAGCAGCUGGAAAUGCUGUGUAAUGACUACAAUUACUUUGCUUGUUAUCUCCAACAUUUGCUUCAUCACCACAAUGACCCAGCUCCUGUAAAUCCGCCAAUCCCAUGUAAAGUUGUAGCUGAAUUGAGAUUUGUUUAAUUUGUAUCUCUUGACAAUUGACAUUUUAGUGUUUUGAAUGGAAGAGAUUCAGUCCUUUCAGUCAGAGAGUUGGACAUUGAA